ACACCUCCAUUCAAAGACGCGCGAGUCGUCGGUCGCGCACGGGCCGCGAGCGCGCCGCUUGCCUCACAGCGAACUCCGGAUGGAGCAGAUCCGUCAUGGGAACCUGCCGCCUCCACCAUCAAUAAUUUACUCCGUUUUCUCCAAAGCUGCCGGAGAGAAGAGGGCAAAAACAUAACGAGCAAUAAAUAACGCCGGGAAUUACAAAAAAACACCAAUGAAACGCUCCUCCUGAUAUAUUGCCUCCUUCACGACUAGACAGAAGUUCCACCAGGUGAGAAGAGUGAUGACCAUCCUGUUCCUUACUAUGGUUAUUUCAUCCUUCAGCUGCAUGAAAGCCACCCCCAUGAGAGAUGCCACAGGAAUGCGGGGGCAUAGGGCAGACGGCUACCUGGGAGCCACAGCACCGCAGGGGCCGGGGGGUCUGGACACUGCAGGCAUGGCCCCGCUUAGGGGGUCACCAUCGCUCACGGACACGUUUGAGCAAGUGAUUGAGGAGCUCCUGGAGGUCGAGGGGGAAGCAAAGCUGGCCAGCGGUGGAUCUUCCCAAGAAGGGCGAGGGAAGGCCGCAAUGGAGCCCGAGGACGGCGACCCGUACUCCUCACGGGUCAUGAUCAGCAACCAAGUGCCUUUGGAGCCGCCACUCCUCUUCCUCCUGGAGGAAUACAAAGACUACCUUGAUGCCGCCAACAUGUCCAUGAGGGUCCGGCGGCACUCGGACCCGGCGCGGCGUGGGGAACUGAGCGUCUGUGACAGUAUUAGCCAGUGGGUGACCGCCGUCGACAAAAAGACCGCCAUAGACAUGUCUGGCCAGACGGUCACGGUCCUGGAGAAAGUUCCCGUGCCCAAUGGCCAUCUGAAGCAAUACUUUUAUGAGACCAAAUGCAGCCCCAUGGGAUACACAAAGGACGGCUGCCGGGGGAUUGACAAGAGGCACUACAACUCGCAGUGUCGGACAACCCAGUCAUAUGUGCGCGCGCUUACGAUGGAUAGCAAAAAAAAAAUCGGGUGGCGAUUUAUAAGGAUAGACACUUCCUGUGUAUGCACAUUGACCAUAAAGAGGGGGAGAUAGUGGGAAAAAAAUGUGUAGAUUUUAUUGAGAGUUGAAGAAAA